AUGUAUCCCUCCUCAAGUGACAAUUCUGGGCUGAGCAGCCCCGGGCAAGCCAACAGGCCCGAGUUCGAGUUGGCUGUACUCGCUCGAUGGCGAAACUGGGUCAGUUCGUCGUCCUAUUCGCCAUGGAAUCUUCACUACAUAACCCCGCCUCGCCCCAAUGACCUCCCAAACGAUAUGGACGAGAGCCCCAACGGUUGGGCGGACGCAUUUGAAGAUUUGUUACGGGCUAGCUCACACAGUACGGGAGGUCCGAAUCUUCCUCUCGCUGACCACCAUGAACGGCUCCGUGCCGCAAGGAAGGACCGUGUGGACCAUCGGAACGUCGACCGUCGCUGGCUGUGGCUAGCUGGCCUCCGCGCCGAGGGGCUCCUCGGAGCUGCAUAUCCUGCUGGAAAGGGCAGGUCCCACGCCGUCUUGAGGGACAUGGCUUCUGAGGCAUUCGGUGCGCAUUCCUCGCUGCCGCAGACAGAGGAGGAUGUCUUUUUGCGGUUCAUGAAAGAUAGCGAGGACGUCCUUGACGUUCUCCCCAAAGCUGUCGGGUUCGUCAGUGACAGAGACGACUCGGGCCCUACGGGGCAUGGGAUGGAAGAUCCAAGCCGCAAGCAACGCACUCCUGGGAAGCACGUCUCAACUGAAAAGUUCCAAAACUCGGACGGGACUACGACUGUUGUGACGCGUGAAGAGAAGGUGGAUGGCAAGGGAAAUACGCGCAGUGUCAAAACUGUCACCAAGACUCUAGACCAAGAAGGCAACGAGAUUAGUAGGUCGACUGAGUCCAGCUAUAGUCGGACCUGGGGUGGGAAAUGGUCGUGGUCGACGGACGACAGCGACGCAGAGACACACGACGAUGGGGCCAACAAGAAAAGAGGGUCUGAUGAUGAGCCCAAGAAAAAUUUCAGUUCAUGGCUCUGGAAGUAA